GAGAGGAUCUUUCAGGUCUCACAGACGCCUGCUGUGAUUCUGCAAUAAUGGAGCACAAAAUGUUUGCACUCCUGAUUUUUAUUGGUUUUCCCAUCUCACCAAUCUAUCAACAGCCGACAUUUGAGUACCAGUUUGUGCCAGAGUUGAAAACUUUCUAUGAUGCACAAAAGUACUGCAGAGAGAAUCACACGGAUCUGGUGACCAUUGGAAACAUGAAUGACCUGAACAAACUUCAAGCACAAGUGACCUCAUCGUUGCCUACGACUGCUUGGAUCGGGCUGAAGAAAUCGGGCGUUCUUCUCUGGCACUGGGCUCUGUCUGAUAAACAGUUUUAUAAAGAGGGAGAGAUUGAAUAUAGAAAUUGGGCACCUUUGCAGUCGCUCCCAAUAGUUAUAGUGGAACAAAAUUGUGCAGUCAUGAAUGACCGUGGAUACUUUCGUGAUAUCUCUUGCUUGGAUAAGUUCAAAUUCAUAUGUUAUGAUGGAAAUAAUAUUCAACAGCAGUAUGUAUUUAUAAAUGAAUUAAGGACAUGGAGAGAUGCCCAGAGUUACUGUAGACUGUAUCACACAGAGCUGGUCAGUGUGAGGAACCAGGAGGAGAACCUGCAGAUCCAGCAUCUGAUACCAAAAGGAACUCUAGUGUAUAUCGGCCUUUUUCAAGACCCUUACGUUUGGUCUGAUAACAGCAAUUCUUCAUUCAGAAACUGGGCCUCUCAACAACCAGAUGCUACUAGAGAAUGUGUUGCAAUGCAGAUAACUGAGAACAAACAGUGGGGAGAUCAGGAUUGCAGAAACCUCAGACCAUUUUUCUGCUACAGCAAGUUAAUGCAGAAACAGAUAUUGAGAGUGCAGGUGAAAUCUGCUCUGAAUGUGAAUGAUCCCGCCAUGAAGGCUGCCGUCUUAGCUGAGAUUCAACAUAAACUGGGACUGGCAAAUGACACCAAACUGGUAUGGCGAGUUCAUGGAGAUGGGGAAGUCUUCCAGAAGAAUAAUAGUACGACAGUGGUGUGAAGCACAAGUAGAAGAGGAGCAUUUGUUAUAUUUCAACAUGAGUUGAUUCAGAA